AAGAGAUAUGAAGAAGUGGGUAUCUGUAAAAUGAUAUGCACAUCACCUGAAAGGAGAGAUUCUGUCUUGAAAUCAUGAUAAAGCUUUCAAGUUAGCCUAACAAACAAUGAAACUCAAAUCAGCCAUUGUUGUGAUAGUAUUUUACCUUCAAAGCAGCUUUGUGGAUGGGCAAACCACUUGCAAAAGGUACCCAAUGCUUUCCGAAUGGCAAAUACAGCCAAGAGUGCACAUGGUGAAGUGGUCCCUGACUCAAAACAUCUGUUCCAACUUUUACACAGACUGCUGGAGCUUUGAUUCAAAUCAUGCGGGGAAUGUCAUUGAAAAUAUGUCUCUCAAUAACCCUCAGAUUUGCCCUUUGCAGAUUCAGUUGGGAGAUGCAGUCUUCAUUUCUUCUGAGCCAUCCUUUCAGUCACAUGGCAUGAACUUGGCAAAUGUUACCAUGGAAGAAUUUCUUUUAUGCCCUAGACAAGCAGAUGUCCUUCAGACACAGCUAAUUUUUGGUUGCAGGCUGAGUGGGAUGCACCAGAUUGACCCUAAAUGGCUUGGAAUUGGCACACAUUACUUUGCGGAAGUUCCAGCUCAAGGACCACUUCUGUGUCAUUUAGGACUUAGACUGAAUGUGACUGUGAAACCACAUCUUUGUCAGCAGUCUCCAAGUGCACCAUUUUGCUCUGGACAUGGUAAAUGCCUCAGUCAAAUCUGGGAUGAAGCCUAUAACUGCGACUGUAAGCAAUCAUAUUCAGGACAGUUCUGCCAAGAAUUUGAUGCAUGCUUCGGCAAACCUUGUUACAACAAUGCUUCCUGCAUUGGCAAAGAGAAGAAAGGAGAACAUGUUGGAGAUUCUUAUGAAUGCAUAUGCCCCCCACUAUUUGCAGGGAAGAACUGCACAGAAAUAAUUGGACAAUGCCAACCACGUAGUUGUCUCAAUGGCAACUGCAGGAAUAUUUCACCAAAUACAUAUAGAUGUCAAUGUAAUAAAGACCCUUCAGGUCCCUUUUGUGAAGAGCAGGUGGAAUCAUGUGUUUCUCAACCAUGUCAGAAUGGAGCAAUAUGUCAGAAUACUCCAUCUGGCUAUAUUUGUGAUUGUCCAGCUGGAUUUCUGGGUCAGGACUGUGAAACUGAUAUCAAUGAAUGCUUUUCAAGACCAUGUCAAAAUGGAGGCACUUGCACUGACAUGCCAAAUGAUGUGUCUUGUUCCUGCUCGCUGAAGUUCAUAGGCAAAUUCUGUGAGAAGUCAGCAACACCUUGUGAUCCCUCUCCAUGUCUGAAUAAUGGGAGUUGUACAGAGGAAGGAGAGAGCUAUCAGUGCAGCUGCAUGCCAGGACACACUGGAAGGAACUGUGAGCAAGUAAUUGACUACUGCAGGCUGCUCAGCAUCAACUGUCUGAAUGAAGGAUUGUGUCUCAACAUAAUUGGAGGAUUCAGUUGUCUCUGUGCUCCUGGUUGGGUAGGAGAAUUUUGCCAGAUUGUAGAAGAUGCCUGUUUAAUUUAUCCAGACAACUGCCGGGCAGGAGCAACAUGUAUUGAUGUAAGCCCCUCAAAGCUACUGCCACAAGUCAAGUGUGUCUGUGCAGCUGGUUUCACAGGGGUUUUCUGUGAGAUGGAAAUCAAUGAAUGUGAGAGUGAUCCAUGCAAACAUGGAGGGACAUGUGAUGACUCCUUAGGACAUUUUACGUGCAUCUGUCCAGUGGGAUUUGAAGGUGAGCAAUGUGAAAUAAAUAUUGAUGCUUGUCUAUUCAACAAUAUAACCUGCAACCCAGGAGCCCAGUGUGUGGAUAAACCAUAUGAACUUUCUUAUAUGUGUGGGAAAGCAUGCAAAGGAAAUUCAGAGUUGUGUGAUAAUGGAGGAAGAUGCUACCACAAUGAAGACAACCAGGAUUAUCAGUGUGUCUGUGCUCCUGGAUGGACUGGACCUACAUGUCUGCAAAAUAUUAAUGACUGUGAAGUGAGCUGGUGUCAGAAUGGAGGCACUUGUGAAGAUGGAAUCAAUGAAUACAGGUGUCUGUGUCCUCCAGGUUAUUCUGGUACAUUUUGCGAACGUGUCUUAGACCCUUGCAUUCAAAACCGCUGCUCAGACCAUGGCUUUUGUCUGCCAAAUUUGAAUAAUUACACCUGCCAAUGUAGGCUUGGCUAUGAAGGACCAUUCUGUGAAGUAGAGGCUAAUGAAUGCUCAAGUUCACCCUGCAAAAAUGGGGCCACCUGUUUGGAUUUAAUUGGUCACUUCUCAUGUCAGUGUAAUCCAGGCUUCAAAGGCAAGUUUCAGUGUUCACCUUUUACUUGGCACAUUUCAUAGU